UUGAUUUCACGUGUUUUUCACAUUAACAUUUUUUUAACAGUUUUAAGAUUUUCAACAGCUAAUAAAAGUAUUGAAAAAUGAGUGUCAACGGAAGUGCAAUAAUUAAUGAUGAGCAAUUAGUAACAACUGAAAUUCGACAGACAUCGUUUGACAGCGCAAAAUCGCCCGUAUUGAAACGCAGAAGAUUAUAUUCAGCUUCAAAUACCGAACUAUCUGGUAAUAAUGAGGAAAUCGACGAUUUUAACAAAAAUCCCCAAUCGGAUCCAAAUGCAAAAAAUUUUGGAGAUAGUUUUCAUGAUGAAUCGAACCGUGAUGUAUCUAUAAUUGAAGAUUCCGAACAAGAGACAAAUAAAACAGACACUGAAACUGUUUUAAACGUGAAACUCGACCCCACAAUGGACUAUCCUACUUUAUUUAAAAAUAUGACAGCUGGUUUCAUUAGCACUGCAAAAUAUUUCCGAAAAACUCUUACAAAUCAGGUUAAUAGAAAAUGCGAUUUUAUUGAGUCUACACUUGCAAAGUACACAGAGAAAGAGAUACAAACGGAUUUAACGGCACAAUUAGAAUCUUUACAAGUGGUUUUACCAAUUGCUGAUGUCGACACAUUUAAAUUAUUUGAUAAUGAAAUCACCGAAAAUGAGAAAAAAACAAAGGCCCUUAAGACAAUAAUGACCGUUUCUGCCAGACAGUCAUCAAACGCAAAAGAAGGAAUGAUGAAAAUACUCAGCGGGCUAAUAAGCAAGUCCGUUCAAGAAAAGUACAGCGCAGCUGGCAAAGGGAAUGACAAAAUAUCAUUCAAGGAUACCUACGUUUAUUCUAUAAUGCGUGAUGUUUUACUGGACUCGGACAUGGAAGCUUCUGAAGACCAAAUUUCGAGUGAUUUAAGUACUUGGUUGUCUAAUGUGAAGGACCGAGAAGGAGGGCGAAAAGGAAGAAAUUCAUCAGUGGCGAAUCCUCAAGUGUAAUAAAGUUUGGAGAAAUGUGUUAAGUUAUUUUUUUCCAAGAACUUUUCAACCAACUUUAUUAUUAUUUUUUUAUUAUUAUUAUAUUGUACUGAAGCCAUUUUUAAUUAUUAAAAUAUAAAUACAUAACAAUUUACACGCAAAAUUUAUUUCCAAUUGACUUUUUUUUUACCGCAUGUAUCAAUAAUAAUAGAAUAAAC